CUUUGAUUUAACCCGGCCCACUAAAAUAAUAUCAUAAGCCCGUGAAAAGCGAAACCCUAGACACCAGUCACCACCCAGAAGUAAAGGGAAAACAUCUCCUCCACUAAAACAAAACUCUCUGUUCAUCGAUUUUACGUGGAAAUUAAAAGAAUGGACUCGUACUCAUCACCGCCGCCGCAUAUGGGUGGUGGUCAAUCACCGGAAGCAAUAAUGGAACAGUUGGAGGCGCAGUUCGCCGAAGCUUACGCUGAGGAGAUGCUCGAGACGCUGAGAGCUAAAUGCUUCGAUAAGUGCGUAACGAGUCCAGGAUCAAGCCUUAGCAGUGGCGAGAGCAGCUGCGUCUCUAGAUGCGUUGAUCGUUACCUUGAAGCUACUGCUAUCAUCAGCCGUUCUCUUAUGAGUCAACAACGUUGACUUGCUAAAAAAAACACACUCUUUGUCUGUUUUUCAUUCUCUUUUGUCGUUAAGACAAUUCGCUCAGUGUUUGGUCCUGAAAAGUUGUUUCGGAAUCAAUUAUGUUUUUUAUUUAUUUUAGAAACUUGGAAUUUGAAUUUAAGUUCUAUUUUCCACGUAAUUUUAUCAAUCAUUGAUGAGAUAUUUA